AUUAUAUAUUGUGCAACACGUUUCAAUUGUGAACGCUUAUAUAAUAAAUUACAGAAAAGUUUGACUGGUAUUUCAAUAAAUUAUUUUCAUGGUGGUUUACAUGAUAAUGAAAGAGAAACAGUAAUGAAUAACUGGAAAUUUAAUCACACACAAAUAAUAGUUGCGACAUCCGCAUUUAGAAUGGGAAUUAAUUUAAAUAAUAUACUUGUAGUUAUUUAUGCAGAAGUACCAAUAAGUAUAACAAAUCUUAUUCAAGAAGCUGAACGUGCAGGGCGUGAUGGAAAUACUGCAACACAUGUGAUAUUUUUUAGCAAAAAAGACAUACACACAAAUUAUUCAAUAAUAGCAGAAUAUCGAGAAACGUAA